UCCAGGGAAUAAACGGGCUUGUUGUAAAUCGACAACAGCAGCAGCACAGCAGCAACGGCAUCCACGUCAAAGCAUGGCGAGGUCUAGCGGCAGAAGGAAAGAAGCCACGGAAAGUGGCGGUGGUGGCAGCAGCAGUAACAGCAGCAGCACUAGGAAAGACGCGGCUGAGGCCGCGCCGAGCAAGAUGAGGCUGCGCCGGCGGCCCGCGCUCGCAGACAUCAGUGCCGCCGUUGGCAACAACCAAGGAGGUGCUGCUGCUGCUGCUGGGGCAGGUGCUGGGUCGAAGCCUGGCGCACGGAAAACGGUGCGAUGCCAAGCGUGUUGCUGGGUUGGUUGCAAUAGACAGCGAGCUACAGGGAAGGGAAGCGGCGGCAGCGAGAGGUUAGCGGCGGCGGCUGCGGCGGCGGCAACCGCGUCCUUGAUAGCGGAGACGGCGGCGAGGGAAGCGCGGCUGAAGAGGUGUAAGGUGCCCCCGUCCGAGAUCUCCGAGCACGACGUCGUUGAUAGGGAUGACCCCAUCGCCUGCGCCGAGUACGCGAUGGACAUGUACAGGCGAUACAAGGAGCUGGAGGAGAAGUACACCCCGACCGUGUACAUGCACACGCAGGUCGACAUCAACUGCAAGAUGCGCGCCAUCCUGAUCGACUGGAUUGUGGAAGUGCACCUCAAGUUCAAGCUGGCGGACCCGACGCUGUACCUCACGUGCCACAUCAUCGACCGCUUCUGCAUGCAGGAGAACGUGCACAGGAGCAAGCUGCAGCUGGUCGGGGUCACCGCCCUGCUGAUCGCCUGCAAGUAUGAGGAGAUCUUCCCGACCGAGGUUCGGGACUGCGUGUACAUCACUGACCACGCCUAUACACGAGAGGAAGUGCUGGAGAUGGAGCAAACGAUCCUGCGCCGACUCAAGUUCGAGCUGACGGUACCCACGCAGUGGACCUUUCUCGUGCGCUUCCUCAAGAUCGCGAAGGCCACCGACCGGCAGCACCACCGCGCACAGUACUACCUUGAGCGGUGUCUCCAGGAGCACGAAGCGCUCUCGUUCCGGCCCUCCAUGCUCGCCGCCGCGUCCGUGUUCCUGGCAAGGAUCCCUGACUCCGGAAUAAAAAACGCAUGGCCGGACGCGCUUGCCAAGUUCUGCAACACCCCGCGGGAAGGGCUGGAGUGCUGCGCCCGCCUGAUGAUCAAGUUCCUGCUGGACGAGCCGGUGACGGCCUCCCAGCGGCACCUGGUGGCGGUGAAGAAGAAGUUCCUCGGCGAACGCUUCCUGGCGGUCGCCAUCGACGACCUGCCCACGCUUCCCCGCAAGCCCAACAUCGCGAGCAACUGAGUUGCUGCCGCCGCCGCCGCCGCCGCGGCUGCCGCGGCUGCUGUUAUGACGCUCUUGGAGUCUGUCCUGGCGACGAUAUCUUAAACUAUAGUGUGUACAAGGGGUCUUCCGGUUGGGUGGGCGUGGUGUGCUUGACCCUAGUCUUGACGUUCCGUCUCUCUGUUUUUGUUUUUUUGAUCCCGCUGCUGCACGUUGUCAGCCCCCACACCGCAAGCAACUGGUCUGAUUUUGGUUGAGCUUCCAAUAUGCCUGUACCACAAGGCCUUCGUAUUUUUUGUUUUUCCUGUGCUGAUUGAGACUUGUACAAGACGUGGACGAAAUGAGGUGUAGCUUCAGUUCGUGAACAUAGAAGCUUUGCUUGUUGUCGGUAUUGUUCUUUUUGAUCACCCCAGCCCUGCCGAAAACAACAAGCGCGGCGAAGACUGGGCACUAACGAGAUUUUACUGAUUCUGCUGUUGUGAGUGGACUGGGUGUGGGUUGCUGGGGGGGGGGCUAUGAGCGCACCACUCUACCCAACUUGACUCGCUCACCACCGCAAGCCCCGCUCAUUGCGAACGCAUGAGUCAAUGCGAUUGUUGAGUCUUGAGCUAAGCUUGUCAUUUUGCGUAGUUGUUCCGCAAUGGGACAGCUGACUGACUCAAUGGAGAAGGCUGGCAUUGCGGUGUUGAGCCUGUUGCUCGAGGGUUUUGGCUUUGGCACCAAGUUGCCAUCGUGUGCCGUUUUUCCGUGGCGCCUCCACACGCCGGCAGUUGGCGGUGUGAUGGCCUGCUGCUGCUGCUGCGUUGUUGGUGUCAGAGAUCGAAUAGAGGCUAGAAUCAAAGGUUGGGUGGGAGAGCACAUGGGUUGUUGGUGUCUGCGACGCCGACACACGUAAUUCCUGCCAUGCUUCCUGAUGAAUUGUUUUGGGGUCGUUGAAGAGUGUCAAAAGGGGAAAACAGAAGCAUUUGCUGUAGCCGGCGGGGAAAGAAGGGCGAGAUGGGCGUCCUUGCUGCUGCUGCUGCCGGCAGGCGAUGGGUGGUUGUCUGCUGCGCUCGUGAGGAAGUUGCGCCUGCGGUCCGAGCCAAGUCGAGUCUCCGUACAACGGGGAGGGAGGGGGGGAGGGGGCUAGAGAUUUUGGUUUCUGCGGUUGGUAGCAAAAGUUCUGGGCCGUUUUGGUCGGACUGAGAGUUGACACGACCGUGUCGAAGAAGACUUUGGGUGUGUAGUUGUACUCAAUCAGUUGGAACCUAAUUGAGAAAGAACAAAAAAACAAAAUCGCACGGUGUGACGAGGGGAGCGUGGGAGCGCCAUACCACGACAAACCUGUGUGUGUUGGGGACUCUUGUGGGUUUUUACGUCUUGAUGGGGUUUUCAUUUGUGGUGGUGGGUACGGGAAGGUGUGCUGUGUGAAACGCUCCGAGUAGGAUAUACCAUCGAGAAAAAUGGGGCGAACAAAGGCUCCGUAGUAAAUUACCGGUUGACGUGGUUGUGUGGGUGUUUCAGGCGCGGGUUCUCCGCUCGCUGGUCACCUUGGCCCCUGUGGAGGGGAGAUCAAGGAUUCCGCCACCGAGAUUAGAAAAGAAAUGGGGGAGAGCGCACGGUGCCGUGUAAGCGCAACACUCUCAUUAGGAAAACCUGUGUUGUGUUGUAGAGUGGGGAUUGGCAGGGGGUACAGCCGAUCCGCCUUCGGUCGGUGUGGGAGGGCGAAAGGGGUUUUUGUUUGGGGUUCCGGUGAGAGGCCUUGUUGACGGCUGAGUGUUGCUGGUGUUUUCUUUGUUGUGGUUUCGUUGGUUCCUUCUCCAGCGCCCCCCUCGUCAUCGUUGUCGAGACUGGCCUCUCUCUCUGGUCAAGUUCAUUAUGGUGAUUCUUUUGUCGUCGACUUGACGCAAGGAGUGGGUAGAUUCAGGCAGAGGUUGUGGUUUGGGUCAGUCGCGUGUGGGACGUUCGUGUUGCAUAUCUCCGCGUGCUCCCACGGUGCGCAGAACAAGGGUGUUCGGUACCAAGGUGUUUUGCGCAGUUUGUCGCUCGCGCAACGUUGGCAGUACCGGAAGGCAAGGAGAGGUCUGGUGCUCUGUAUUCAGUAUCCUUGAUAGCCGAGGCGUGCCAGUUUUUGAGCGCUAGCGGUAGCCAUUGCUUACAUAGCGGUUGUCCACCGGUACAUUUGUCGCUUUCGCAAGGAAUGAAAAAAGAAAA